AUGUGGUUGUCUGACGCGCAAAAAAUUGGCGUAGCCCUUACGACCUUCGGGACACUAUUCAUGUUCCUUGGUGUCAUGUUGUUCUUCGAUGCUGCUUUGCUAGCGUUAGGAAAUAUGCUCUUCUUGUCUGGUCUCACCUUGAUUAUUGGCCCUCAAAAGACAUUCUACUUCUUCGCGCGAAAGCAGAAACUUCGAGGAACAGCAUGCUUCAUUGGCGGUAUUCUCCUCGUGUUCAUGAAGUAUGCAUUCAUUGGAAUGAUUGUCGAGAUAUUUGGUUUCUUAAACCUGUUUGGCGACUUCUUUCCCGUGGUCGUGACAUUCCUGCGGCAGCUACCAUUCGUUGGCAACCUGUUGUCGUUGCCAUACAUUCGACCUCAGAUCGUGGAUCGUAUAGCGGGUUCAAGGACGUCGGCUGUGUGA